CCUCAAAUAAAAAUGACUAAAGACAUUGUUCUCAGUAGACACAACGAUAUUGUUAAAAGUGCCGAAGAUCAACGACAGUAUCGAGGACUGGAACUCACAAAUGGCCUCAAGGUAUUGCUGGUAUCCGACCCAACGACAGAUAGUUCUGCUGCCGCUAUGGAUGUUGGUGUCGGAUAUCUCAUGGAUCCAUGGGAACUGCCAGGAUUGGCCCAUUUCUGUGAACAUAUGUUAUUUCUGGGUACCGAUAAAUAUCCUUUAGAGAACGAGUUUAAUAAGUUUAUUUCUGCUCACGCCGGUAUCACGAACGCGUAUACGGCGACUGAUCACACAAAUUACCAUUUUAAUGUACGUCCUCAUAUGAAGCUCGCAGGCGCGUUAGAUCGUUUUGUACAGUUCUUCUUGGCCCCGCAAUUCACAGAAAGUGCCACUGAGAGAGAGCAAGAUGACAGACGGCGGAAGUUGCAAGUAGAGCGAUUCCUCUCCAAGCCAGGCCAUGACUAUGGAAAGUUUGGGACAGGCAAUAAGAAAACAUUGAUGGAUGAUGCUCGUAAAAAUGGAAUUGAACCGAGGGAGGCAUUGUUGAAUUUCCACAAGCAGUGGUAUAGCGCUAAUAUCAUGUCGCUGUGCAUUGUUGGGUCAGAGUUGUUGGAUGAAAUGGAAGCUUAUCUUGGCACGUUGGGCUUCGAUGCUAUUGAAAAUAAGCAAGUGAAACCAAUGGAAUGGGAAAAUCCUUAUGGACGGGAACAGUUAGGUAGACGCGUCGAGAUUGUACCUAUAGAAGACAUACAAAAACUUGCGAUUCGGUUCCCAACCAAAAUGAUUCAAGAGAAAUCGAGUCCAUCACGUUAUAUCUCUCAUCUAUUGAAUCAUGAAGGAAAAGGCUCCCUGUUAUCAGAACUAAAGCGUUUGGGUUGGGCUAGCUCGCUCUCGGCUGGAAGAUCCAAUCCGGCCGAAGGAAUGAGCACAUUUGAUAUUGAUCUUCAUGUUUCAGACGGCCUUAAUCAUACGGAAGAUAUUAUCAGCCUUGUAUUCAACUAUGUUGGUCUACUAAAACGUACUGGUGCCGCUAAAUGGGUCCAAGAUGAACUUAAUAAACUAGGAGAGCUCAAAUUUAGGUUCAAGGGUACGAUGAACCGUUUCCAAGCGGCUAUAGAGACAGUGCAUCCUGCUCUUCAUAUACCCGAGGAAAACGAAUAUAUUCCAACCAAGUUCGAUCUUAAGCCUCGGGCAUCUGUGAAAAGUGAACACCCACGAGUCAUAUAUGAUGAUGUAUGGUGUCGUAUUUGGUUUAAGCAGGAUGAUGAGUACAAACUGCCGAAAAUGGUAACCAAGGUUGGUAUUUGCCGUCUUGGAAAUUCGCUCAAUUCAGAUCCGUUGCGGUUUGAAGUGAUACUCGAUAGGAUCAAGCGCUUGUUGGAGAAUUUGGCUCAUUCACAACCGUACGAUUUAUCGAAUGCUUACCUCGAUAUGCUGCUAGCUGACAAGUGUUGGUGUGAAGAGCAACUUCUUGCGGUUUCUGAAGAUAUAAAUGUCCACGAACUAGAGGCAUUUGUUAAGGAAAUCUUACGAGCCUUCCAUGUUGAGCUGUUUGUCCAUGGGAAUGCGACUGAACAGGCGAGAGAUGCGUAUGUGUAUCGGCAUUUCCAAAAUACCCACGAGAUGUCCUGCGUCAAAGUUUUGUUCCAAGCAGGAAUACAGACUAGUCGAGGAAGCGCUUUGGUUGAGUUACUGGCACAACUUCUGCGUGAACCCGCCUUCAACCAGCUGAGAACUGUCGAGCAAUUGGGGUAUAUUGUGGCGGCUGGCUCACGGUUGAACACGGCUGGUGUUCUUGGGCUGCAAUUCAUUGUGCAAGGUCCUAAAAGUCCUGACUAUGUGUUUGAUCGAAUAGAGGCAUUCAUUGAAAAUAUUCGAGACGAAAUUACAAAAAUGUCACAAGAUGAAUUCGACAAGCAGAAGAUGAGCGUCAUUGCACGAGCGCUUGAGAAACCGAAAACUUUGGGAGCACAGUCACGGCACUUUUGGAUUGAAAUCCGCUGUAGGCAGUACGAUUUCGAUUUAAGUUCGUUUUGCCUUUUCGUCCUUUUUACUUUAUUCAAUCGAGAAGUUUGUUGUGAAGUUUAA